UAACGAUAUACUUCAUUGUCCCUUUUCUUGCUCGUUGCACGUGUUAGGAAUUUUUCAAAUUCACCUGUUUGGUUCUCUUAGCAAAAACUGAUGGAACCUAAUUUUGAGCGAGGCUUUUCGCUUCAAGAAGCCCUAGAAAUGGCAUAUAAUGACGACAUUGAUAAAAUUUUUAUUGAACCCCCUGAUAAUGGAGGUAUCACGGACGAAAACUCGGGUGACGAAGACUCUGGUGACGAAGACUCGGGUGACGAAGACUCGGGUUACGAAGACUCGGGUGACGAAGACGGUGGAGGCUUGAUUGACAAUUUGCCAGGUUCCCAAUUGAGAGCACCGGCUGAAGUCAGGCUUGUAAAUUCAAGCACCCCUGAAGAUAAUUUAUUAUAUUCCACUGCUCAUGCUAGCACCUCUUCUGGAAAGUCAAAAUUAACUGAGAAGAUAGAGUAGAUAAUAGGCGAUUUUGACAAAAAUUUUAAUCAUCGUGAAUUUCCUGCUCCAAACUUUGACCACUAUCACAAUUUCUCACCAGUUGAGCUGUUCGAAAUGUUUUUUGGUGAUGAUGCAUAUGAACUACUACAAACAGAAAUUAACAACUAUGCACUUUUCACCAAUUGUACUAAUCCACAAUUGUCUCAAGACGAAAUAAAGUGUGCUAUUGCAAUUCUUAUAUUGAGUGGAUAUAACGUAUUACCUGGAAAACGAAAUUAUUGGGACAGC